AUGGAACUGCUUUUAAAAACUGCAGGAGUUGAUGAAUAUGAACCUAAAUGUGCUCAACAAUUAUUAGAAUUUGCUCAUAAUGUAGAUGAUAUUAAGCUUGCCAUACAUGGUCGUAUAAAUCAUUCAUUCACAUUUCCACCUAGACAAGAGUUUUUAGUUCAACUUGCAAAUGAAAGAAAUGAUGUACCUUUACCACAUGUACCAGUAAAAUAUGGAUUAAGAUUACCACCAGAUAGACAUUGUUUAACUUCUUCCACUUUUGAUAAUAAUAAAACUAAUAUUUAUAGUAGUGCUAAUAGUAAUCUUGACGAAGACGAAGAUGAAGAUGAUUCUCGAGAUUCUUGGGAAUGGCUAAGAAUUAAAUAA